AUGGAUAAAGUGGACAUCACAGAUGAUAAUAGACAAGAAACGUCCAUGCAACAGGCGAUAUUCUCCCAUACAGACUCCGCUCUGCUCCCCACCUUCCCACUUCCCCCCGACCCGACAAACCCGCUCACUCACCUGGGGACGCUGAUGCCUGGGCACGAUGCACCGCGGACCGGCGGAUGGGACAGGAGACUUGACCCGGGCUUUCAAGGCUGUCAUCUUCUGGGUGGAGCGAGAGAGGCAAAACGGGAAGCUCAUGCAGACCAGAGCGUCACCAUCCUGCACGCCAAGGUUGCUCAGAAGUCUUAUGGCAACGAGAAAAGGUUUUUCUGCCCUCCACCUUGUGUUUAUAUCAGCGGUCAUGGAUGGAGAGUCAUGCAGGACCAUUUGAAAGCGGGAGGUUAUGGGGACUCAGUUUAUCGGAUAUGUGGAUACAUGUGUCUGGACAGCUCCAGUCAGUCACAAGCAGACGCAUUCAAGCUGCUCUUUGAUGAGCAACCAAACUCAAGGCAGUUGUUUGCUUGUGCAAAGUCCCUCUUCAUCUCCGACCAGGACAAGAGGAAGCAUUUUUGCCUGCUGCUGCGACUUUUUUUAGGCAACAGACAGGAAGUGGGCUCCUUCCAAAGCAGGAUGAUCAAAGUGAUCUCCAAACCUUCCCAGAAGAGACAGUCCAUGAAGAAUGCUGACUUGUGUAUAUCCUCCGGCUCCAAAGUGGCUUUGUUCAACCGUUUACGCUCACAGACGGUCAGCACUCGUUACCUCUCAGUGGACAGAGGAGCUUUCAUAGCCAGCGCCAGACAGUGGACAGCCUUCACCAUCAUCAUGGUGGAUGACCAGCGUUCUGACCAGGGCGGGAUUGUGCAGAGUGAAGGCUUCAUCUGUUAUGGUUCUGUGGUCCAGUUCAUUUGCACUGAGUCAGGAGUUGCCCUGCCACCCAUGGUUAUCCGGAAGGUCAACAAGCAGCACGCCAUCUUAGACGUGGACGAACCCGUUUCUCAGCUACACAAGUGUGCCUUUCAGUUCAGAGACAAUCCCAACUCUUAUCUGUGCCUGUUGAAUGAUACCAUCAUACAGCACCAGGCUCCGUCCAGCAUCAGAGACUCCAGCAGGGUGGUGCUAAACGAUGGAUCCUGCUGGACCAUCAUUGGAGUGGAAGUGGUUGAAUUCACCUUUAAUCAGGGUUUGGCCUGCAUUCAGACUCCAGUCAGUCCUUUUCCCAUUAUUAAUGGGUUAGAGGUGAAUGGUGGAGGACAUGUUGCCAUGCUGGAGAUCCAUGGAGAAAACUUCAGCCCUCACCUCAAGAUGUUGUUUGGGAACAGAGAAGCUGAGACGAUGUUCAAGUCUCCCAAAUCUCUGCUCUGCGUCAUCCCUGAUGUUUCGGUUUAUAGUGACAGCUGGCGCUGUUUUCGUCGCAUUAUCACCCUUCCUUUGUCGCUCAUCAGAACUGACGGCCUCAUUUACCGAACAUCCUACAGCUUCACCUACACCCCGGAGCUCCACCUGCCUGCAUCCUCCCGAGGAGCAGCUGGAGGCAGAGAGGCAGAUGGAGGUCAGGAAGACGGGGAGGACAUCCUGUUAGAGACAAUUCAUCAAGAGUUCACCAGAACUAAUUUUCACCUCUUCAUGCAGAGUUAACCAGCUUGUUUACAGUCCUCAGCUGAAUUUAAUAUUAUGAAACAAAGAAAUAAGGCCUGCUGUCUGGUCCACUUACAUGAAACCACUGAUUGUAGUCCUUUGUAGGCUUCUUUGUUCUUGCAGAAAUCCAUUUUACACAAGAGUGUCCAAUGAAGGGUUUAAAAAAGUAGUAAUUAUUUGUUAACAUCGUUCUUUCAGUGGGUUUGAUCUAAAUCCAAAGGAAAGAUUUGAAUUCAAACCUUGCAGGAAGCUCAUCUGUGUUGAAUACUUUUUGCAGCCAUCAGAAAGACACAUUUCGGUAUGUCUAAUAUAAUGUUAUAAUGUCUAUAAAAGAAGAAAAAAAUCUUGAAACAAAAGACCUGCUGACCGCUCUGUGAGAGGAUGUUGUUUCUGAAGGGACAGACUCACCAUCUGAGGGCUGCCUGUGGAGAGAAUAAACUGCUUCCUAUUGGAUCCAUUUAGAAACAGCUUUCAACUUCAGUUUCUGAGAAAUGAACGAAGCAAGAGUGUAAUCUGUACCUUUUUAUGUGCUAGUUUGUGACCCAGCUGUAAUAAUUUAAAGUCAUGUAAGACAAACAUGGUUCAGUUUCAGCCUUUUGACGUGAGGCAACAGUAUUUACAACCAAAGAUCAGCUGAAAAUUAACUGAUCAAACGGUUUCAAAUGAAAGGCAGAUGCAACACAUUGCAGUUGUUUGUUUUUUAGUUACAGUGGCAUUUUGGUUCUUAGUGGAAUUGGGUGAGGAGAAAACUUAGUCACACUGGGUGAGAACAUUCAGACUCCACACAAAACGGCCCCUGAGAGAUGUGAACCAGAGACCUUCUAGGUGUUGGCCUACAGCGCUGACUGUGCUGCAACGGCAUUGACAGCCCGACUGACCCAAGUGUUACUUUGAGAGAUUUGUGCCUCUUGCAGAGGUUCUGUUAUGAAAGACAACAGUGCCAUGUCACCAAUGCUGCUAAUGUUUUUACUGCCUCCUUGAUUUAUCCAGCUCACAUCUGAUUAGACACACAUUUUGGCUCUGGACUGUUGUUGGCUGAGUUCAUAGUGACUCGUUAUUUAGUUGUGAUUUGCUUAAAUCAGUUUUGUGCUCAUGAAAAUUCUAGCUGUUGUUUUUUAGGCUUCUGUUUGACUAAACAGUGUAAUAAUUGGUGGAAUAAAGUUUUGUCAUCAAUAUAUCUACAGUAUAUCACAACUUUGCAUAUUUGUAUUUGUAUUAAUCAUGCAUCUAAUAUUAAGCAUGUAAGCUUGGGUCUCUAUCAGCUUCAUCUUUAACAGCACUUUAUUCUCUGUGCUAUCUGUUUUACAGGAACCUAAUAUUUGUACCGGCAUCUACAUUGACCAGCCCAGUAUAAAACUUGAGACGACAAUAAUUACUUUAGAUUACCAAUGAUUGUUCAAAAGCUUUCUUUGCAAACUUUGUGAACAGAUAAGUCAAGCUGCUCAGGUAGCCGUGUUUUCAUGAGUUUAAGGAUUAUUUCUGUGGAUUUGCGUCUGGAAUUGCCUCUGAUCUUCUGCUGUGCUGCACAUUAGACAGAAAUGUUGGAAGCAGAAUAAAGCGACGACAGAUAUCUUUUGGAUCACAUCCCAUUUGUUUCCACCGCUCUACAAUAUUAGCCCUUGGCAAUGUUAGGUUCUCAGUCCUUUUUUGUUAAUCCAGUUAAUCAAAGUGUCAUUUUGCAGCAAAACUCAAACACCAACAAAGCUUUCUUUUCUUAGGCUUUUUUAUUCCCUAUUAAGGUAUUGUGAUCAAGUCUCUGGUCAAACGAGCAACUAAAAAGCUCUUUUGUUUCCUCCAGAAAAAGCAUAAGAAGACCUCCCAGAUGGCUCUCCACUUAAUUCUUUUUUGCAUAUCCUGGAUGCUAAUUGUUUUUACUGUAACACGGCAUCUCAACAGUUGAUAUGUUGUCCAACAAUGUUCUUUCAUCAUGCAGAUCAGUUGUUGCCAGACUGAUUGCAAUCAAAAACUGCAAGUCAUUUGAUUUAUUUUUAAUAAAGCCUGACUUGUUUUUUGCCAA